AUGGCAGAAAAAUUAGGGCGCAUGUUAGCAGAUUAUGCAAAGAACAGGGCAAUGGGAGGACAGGAUGGAACAUAUGAGGUAAUUUUGUAUGAGGGUACACUAUAUAAGACCUACAAUGAAUACUUAGCAGGGAGAACACACGGGAGAAUGAAAUGGAAGGAGGAAUAUAUUAGAACUGUUAGCUCAGGUAUAGCGGAUAGAAAAAUAUUAUACAUUAGGAAGGAAAGCAAGAUACACAGGUACACAUAUAAUUUUCCUCUGCUGCAGAAAGGACUAUGGGACGACAUCCAAGGCAUAUUCGGCGAGCUCAAGCAGGCAUUGGUAAACACGGAACACAUAAUGGAUGGAGUAUGUAACAUAAUGGCUGAGGACGAGGCAAAGACGCUACAGAGGCAGAUGGUACGGCUUAUAUGCAAGCACAUUAUAAGAAUAAUUUUUUUUGCAAACAGAAUAAGUUUCAAGGACGGUCACAUGGAAGUAAAGAAAGAUUCUGCCCCGGACGGCGAUCUGCGGGACUAUUUAAGAUGUAUGGUGGGAAAUGUUGCUGCAAUAACAUUGUACAGCGGAAGCUGCAACACAAGAAAGACUGUACGCAAGAUAAUUCAUAAAGUGAACGAGAUUGGUCAGGAAGACGGAACUGCAUAUCCCCGUGCAGUGUGCGCAGGACUGGAUUAUGAUACAUUAAAAAUAGGCUCAAAAUUUUUUGCAACAACCAUGGGCGAUUGGAUACGAACAUGGGGAAAAAGGAACGGAGGACAAAUAAGUACACGCGGAGUGGACAGUUCCUGUGAUAUAGGAAAUCACAGUAAUACAAGCAAGGAUAGGGAGCAAGAGGGUAGCGAGGAGCCCAUAGUUAAAAUGUUUCAGGAUAAUACUGCUAAAGAAGUAAGGGACAUGAUUGGUAGGGGUGACAACAUUGAAGAACAGAAACGGAACCAGAUAAUGAAAGAACUUAGGGAAAAAGGGACCGAGGGUGAUGAAUGGAACAAACUGAUGCAGACGAUAGGCGCUGGAGGACCGGCGGCCCCCAAGCCGGCGGCUACCAAACCAGCAACCACAAAACCGGUAGAAGCACCACCCGCAGGAAGAUCAGAGGAAGCUGGGGACCCACCGCAAGGACCCGUACCAGCACACGCAUCAGCCGCACCGGCCGCAGGGACAGGUGGGCAACAACCCCCACCACCUCCACCACGGAGACCAUCCACACCAACACACGGACCACAAGGAGAAGUGGGCAUAGCAGCAGGUGGACCUGGAUCAGUCCGGGACCCGCCCCCAGUAAAGGGCACCGGGCGGGGGCCCAUACUGCAGACGAGGACACCAUCAAGGCCGAACCUAACUCCUCCCCAGCAGCCCCCCACAACAGAGCCCCCCCCAGGGAACGGAGCCAGCAACCGUGCAAAACCAGUAGCGGCGAAACCGGGACCAGCGGUGACACCGGGGGCGACGGCAUCAUCGGGUGCUGGUGGGGGUGGUAAGGGUGGUACGCCUAGUACGGGAGUUGCCGUGGGAGGUCAGCACGAGAACGGGAAGAUGGCGGACACCGCGGACAAAGAGUGUGAUGCAGACAGAAUACUGCAGCAAGGGCGUCACGCGGUGUACGUGGUGCCCCCACGUGAUGAUACACAAUGGGAAAAGUGGAAACAAGUGUUGCAGGAAUUUACGGAAUAUAUGCAGGACCACAACGACCUCAAUGAAGCAUAUGGUGCAAAUUGUUAUAAUAGUGGUUGGAAUGAUUUCGGCAAGGGCAAUGAGAGUCAUACGCAACAAAGAGUAGCAGAUGUCGUACGGUGCAGAGUUAUGAGCGUUGCAUGGGCAUUUGCAAAUUGGUCGAAUACGGCUGCACAAGACACGAAGCACGGGGUCAAAAUGGAGAAGGAAGAACAGGACAUGUUCAGGUGUGAAGUGGUAAAUAUCUUUGGACAUUUACUGAAGGAGAAGUAUUGUUCAGAGCAAAAAGGAUACAAGAGGGGCGUAGAGUAUUCCCGGAUAGUAUUCAAGAGUAUGAAGAGCGAUGGAGCAGGUGGAAUUGGAGUACUGGAUGGUCCUGUUAUACAAGGCAAGUGUACUGCGUGUGGGUAUGAAAAGCAUAACAGGUUGGCACACGCAAUAAAUUUGAAAGUAGUACAGUGGCUCAUGGACGAAGGAAAGAUAAGUUCUGAAAUAGCACAAAUGGAGAUGGCGAUGCCCUGUCGGGAGCUCUGGAAAAAGUAUAUUAAUGAGCUGGACUCCCGGCACAACCCUACUACGGACGGGGACAGAGACUUGACCAGUAUCAAAGAACGUUUGAGCACAGACGGGAGGAAGAAGCUAGAGACAGCAGAGAAGGACAUGGAGGGAGAAGUGAAAAAGAUAAUUAAGAAAGUGCACGAAUCAAAGGACGACAUAAUGAAGGCCGCCAAGGCGGGGUAUGAGGAAGUGCAGCAGAACGCACAACAGGAAAUUGCGGACGCACGGCACCCUGCUUCGUUGAGCGAUGAGCACAGCGGCGGCCACGAAGGCAACUGUAGCGGUGACGAGGACAGGACGAGGGAUGGAGCCGGACGAGGGAUAGUGCAUGUAGACAUUAAGCACGCAGGCAUCCAGGACGGAAUAGAAGGACCUAGAAAAAAGUUCCAGUGCCUGCACCCCAGAAACCAGAAGUACCACCAGCUACAGUACCAGCAGUCACAAAGACGCCUGUGCCUGAGGACACGGUGUCAGUACCCAAAGCUGCACCGGAAGCACAGGCACCAUCCGUAG